AUGUUCUUCCUCCUGCGCUGGACCGUCUACUUUUUCUCCUUCUACGUCUUCAUCAUGCUCUCCUUCUUCGCCCUGCAUACCUACCUCCCCGGCGCGCCUCCGAUUCUUGGUUUCUUAGCCCGUACCAUGGCUGCGUACCUAAGCCUCAUCGCUUGCGCCGCCUACGGUACCAUCGCAUCUGCUAUCCUGAGGCUCUUUGGGUUGCACUUUACCUACGGGCAGUGGACUACCGCCAAAGCCUUCAAGAAUCUGUGCACCUACACCCUGGGCGUACGAUUUGAGAUCCUGGACAACGGAGAACAGAUCUUGAACAGCACCCGCCCAGCGGUUUUCAUAGUGAACCACCAGACAGAACUCGACGUCCUCCUCCUCGGCUGGAUCUGGCCCAAGAACUGCUCCGUCACUGCGAAAAAGAGCCUGCGAAACAUCCCCUUCUUGGGCUGGUUUAUGACGCUCAGCGGCACUAUCUUUAUCGACCGUGUGGACAGAUCCGCCGCCAUGAAAGCCUUCGAAGGCGCCGCAAAAGCUAUGAAGGAGAAGAGACAGAGCGUGGUCAUCUUCCCCGAGGGGACAAGGAGUUACUCUCUGGAGCCGAUGCUACUGCCGUUCAAGAAGGGAGCGUUCCAUCUUGCGGUUCAGGGAGGCGUGGAUAUCGUGCCCGUCGUAGCCGAGAAUUAUAGUGCAGUGUUGAGUCCGAAAUUGAAGAGGUUUAAUGCCGGCACCAUACGAGUCAAAGGUAGGAUGCGUCCCCGGGACGAUGAUCUUUUUAACCGGGUCGAGGGGCUGACCGUCGAGACAGUGCUUGAUCCGAUUCCCACAAAGGGUCUUACUCCUGCCGACGUCGAUCAACUAACACGGGACACCCGGGAGAAUAUGCUCGACGUCCUCACUGCCAUGGCUCAAGACCCCGGAUCUCGUGCUUUCCGCAAUCAGAAGAAAGAGUCUUGA